CGAACCUUCCACUGUGAUAGCUGCAUGUUCACCUCUUCUAGAAUUUCGAGUUUUAAUCGUCACAUGAAAACCCACAGCACUGAAAAGCCGCAUAUGUGUCACCUUUGCCUGAAAGCUUUCCGCACCGUCACUCUUCUGCGGAAUCAUGUCAAUACCCACACAGGAACCAGGCCCUACAAGUGCAGUGACUGCGUCAUGGCAUUCGUCACCAGCGGAGAACUGGUCCGACACAGACGCUACAAACACACUCACGAGAAGCCCUUCAAAUGUUCCCUGUGCAAGUACGCCAGCGUGGAAGCCAGCAAGCUGAAGCGUCACAUCCGCUCGCACACGGGGGAGCGUCCCUUCCAGUGCCUUCUGUGCAGCUACGCCAGCAAGGACACCUACAAGCUGAAGAGGCACAUGAGGACACACUCAGGCGAGAAGCCGUACGAAUGCCACGUGUGCCACGCUCGCUUCACCCAGAGUGGCACCUUGAAAAUACACAUCGUACAGAAGCACAGCGAGAAUGUCCCCAAGUACCAGUGUCCGCACUGCGCCACCGUCAUCGCAAGGAAGAGUGACCUGCGUGUCCACCUACGCAACCUGCACACGUACAAGGCCACGGAGAUGAAGUGUCGCUGCUGCUCUGCGGCCUUCCAUGAACGCUACGCCCUCAUUCAGCACCAGAAGACUCACAAGAACGAGAAGAGGUUCAAGUGUGAACACUGCAGUUACGCCUGCAAGCAGGAACGUCAUAUGACCGUUCACAUCCGCACCCACACGGGGGAGAAGCCAUUCACCUGCCUCUCGUGCAGUAAAUGUUUCCGGCAGAAGCAGUUGCUAAACGCGCACUUCAAGAAAUACCACGAUGCCAGUUUCAUCCCGGCCGUUUACGGAUGCCCCAAGUGUGGCAAAGGCUUCUCCCGCUGGAGUAACAUGCAGAGACACUCGACGAAGUGUGGCGCGGGGCCAGGAAAGCCGGCUGCCUCGGGGAAAGUGAGAAGAAGCAAGAGAAAGCUGGCCGUCCGAAAAGAAGCAGUCCAGGAAGACGAAGUUGCCGCUAAGAAGGUGUCCCCCGUGAGGCUGGAGCAGUGCCCGGGAGAGGUGGUUCCUGUGCCCUACGGAGGUGUCGCACCUGAAGGAGUGACCUGUGACGGCUGAGCUGCGGAGACUGAGAGUUCCCGUUUGCAGCGGUUACCUGCUCAACGAGUUAGAAGUUCGUAGAGUCUUCUUUGAAACAACUAAGUUCACGACACUGGAGGGUCUCGAUUUUUCCAAAGUUUGGGGUUAGUGCCAAGAAUUGUUUGCCUUUCUUUCUUUCUUUUUUUUUUUUUUUUUUUGCCUGGAUAGUUCAAAAAGCAAUACUUGUCUUUUAUAAGAGGUCCAUAUCUUGACUUGGAGGAUAAAACCUCAAACCUAUGAAUUCAUUCACUUGAUAUUGGCAGGGUGGCCUGCCAUGAAUGGGCAGUGGUCUGGGGGGGACCUGGUUAUUUCAGCUGUCAAUACAGACUGUUUAGUCCUCCAGCCAACAGCCAAAGCUAAGAUACCUUAUGUUAAAUUGCACACACCCUUUCUAUUUCUACUAUGAUUUUUUAAACCCUUUUAAAACUAAUUUUAUAUCAUUUUUGAAUACAGAUGAAUUUUCCAUAAAAAUUUAAAGUUACCGUAAUAUUCUUAAUUAGUUCUAAAUUCAGAAAAAAAAAAAAAGAUCUUAAUAUUGUGGGGGGAAAAAGCUGAGUAGGAGAUGAAAACAUUUCCAUUAGACUAGAUGGUGAUGCGUAAUUAUUUUACUUUGGUUUCUAUGAGCAAGGUUCACUUUUAGAGUUUAUAGUCUUCCUAAAUUAUGUUUUCUGGCAGGUAUGAAAUUUCCCUAGUGACAUUCCGAUGUCACCUACUAGGAUAGAGUUCAUCACCCUCUUCUUUUACUAAAACUACUUUGUUGAUGCUUUUUUAUGUAAGUGGCAGAGUGAAAAGAAACACAAUGAAAUGUUACUGAUAAUGAAAUGUUUACUCGUGAAGAAAUUGUACUUAGCAUGUCAUGCCCUAUAAUUGGUAUUUCUCCUUUGCCAGUUGGAGAGACUUUUCUCAGCUCUGAGCAGCAUGCAAAAUGCCUCGAGUACUUAAAAUUAACUAGCGCGCAUCUUUAUAAUGAUAUAUUUUUUCCAUUCUUUUCUUCUUAGCGAAGCAGUUGUUUGUUCUGAACGUCUCUCCCCCCAGUUUAAAAUCAUCCAUAGGUCCCCAAUUCUGGUUUUUUGCCUUUACUGAGAUGUUACUGGCAAAUAAAGUUGUGAGACAGUAAACACGUGCGUCAGGAUGAUUUGCUACACAGGUGCAUUGUGUAAGGACACCUCCCCCAUCCGGUUAACUAAACUCAAAUUCUUAAAAUGCUGAUCUGCUGAUCUUCAAAGUCCAGCAGCCCGAACACGUAGAGGCCCUGCCGGCUGGAAGGGCAUUGUAUUCUUUUCAUCAGAGCCAAUUAACUGAGUUCACAUAAUGAGGCUUAAAUUCUAUAGUUUAUUGUAUGCUAUUGUGACUUUUUGUAACACCAUCUUUGUUGUUUGAAGCUGU